UGAUUCCUUUUUAAAAAAUGCGUUUCUAAUGUGCAUAAACUUAGGAUUGACUGUAUAGCCAAUACAUCCUUAAUAUAUAGGGUAUUUAAAGAACCAUUCAGUUUUACUGGACCCUAUACGUGUACGUUUCCAAUCACUUUCUGUUUUCUUACCGCGAGGUUGCGGAGGAAUUAUUAAUGAUACGCUAGAAUUACAGAGAGGUAUUACGAGAAGUAUUCAUUGUAAUUAAUUAUUAUCGACGCUGUGAACGUUCUGCGUCGGAUGUUCAACGAGAUCGCUUGAUUAAACGUAGCAAUAAAAUAUUUUAAACGAUGCAGCCUGUUAGCAGCGUGUUCGAAUGAUUUCCUUCGGCGUGGCUCGUACCGAAUUUGUAAUCUUUAUUUAUUCGACCGGCUUGUAUCGUCAAGUAGAAGUAUGCCGACGACGAGUAUACGUAUAACGAUGUACGUUUGAACGAUAUCGUGCUGCCAUGUACAAAUAAUUAAGACUAGCUGGGACUGCGUAAUGCUGUGCUGUAAAAAAAUGUGCUAUGAACUUUACUUUUAAUGCGCGCCGUACCGUUUAUGUCCAUCCGAUUAAUUGAUCGUUCGUCAGCGAUCUGCCUGUUUCCGACGACGAUCAUGUGUACGCGGAUGAGCGGAAGCUAAGCUGUAUCUCGGCCUAUUCGAAGCGCAAUUCCUACUAGCGCUAAUAGCACAAAGAUGACACCUGAAAACCGAUUGUCGUUGAUUGAUCGAUUAAGCGUGGUUUCAAUUCAGAGCAUAUCAUGACCGGAUGUUCGCGAAAACCAUGAUUCUGAAACAUAGAUCUCUAUCAUCUUUUGCUCGGUCCGGGCGCUAACACUUGUGCUGUUCUUUCGUUCUGUAUAUAAUGUAUCUUUUAAGACGUUUUUUCGACCAGCAGUUGAGUUUUCACGGUUCUCUGAAUCUCAGCGUCUGACCGAUCGGACGGUGCUGAUUGUGAGAGGUCAGAGGCCGGCGCAGGUAGUGAAACUGUAAUUGCGCGCGAAAGGAACAUACGUGAUGAUGAAGUCCAAAUCGAUGUAGCGGCGAUCCAUGAGAAGAGAAAGGGUUUCAUGUUUUUGUAUGUUUCAAGAAAAAAUAAAAUAUAAGACAUGACGAAACCAGUUUUCAACGGUGAACAAUCUCGACUCUGAUUACACAAAGGCGUUCGAACCGUCUUGAUUUCGUCUUGAGAACGAAUCGUCUCUUCGUGAAGCGGAUAUCGGUAAACCUCGGAUCCGUGAAAGGAUGCGAGACAAUAAUGAGAUCCAGUCCAGUGAACCGCGGUUCCUUCAUCGUUUAUUGUACAUCGUCCACGUCGAGGAUGUACCAGCAGUUUGAUGACAAUGCUCAAAAUGAUACGUAUCACGAUAUGAUAUAUAAAUUAUUCAUAUACUCUUAAAAAGAAAAUCUGAAAUGUUAAGUAAUGCCGUUAGCCAGUUUAAUUACAGAAGACUUUUUCACAAGAGGAGACGCUCGUGGUCGCUGAGGACUAGCAAAAACACCGUUCGCCAUACGAGUUUCCUUUUAAUGACAAAGAAGCGGAAAGAAGGGAUUCGACACGGUCGGCAGACGCAAAAGAAAUCAGGUUUCUAGGACAAUGUCCUUUUUCCAAAAUCGUCUCAAAUGCUACUUUUGAUCUCCGAUGAUCUUCUUCGUGAAAUUAAAAAACUGACUGGCUGUCACCUGUCUCUACUGAACUGGUUUACUGUUCUAUUUUCGUCUAUCUGACGAAUCACGCGAAAUAAUCAUAUGUAUCCAUCCAUCAUCUCUGCGUAAAAUGCGUACGAAUCGAGAAUACGGGUUCCUCAAUGAUUUUUCUAAACUGUCACAUACACGGAAACUUGAUUGUCCAGAUAUGGUCUCGGCACCAUCGAGUGUCCCUGGAACUAUCAGUCCUGACUGAAGAAGCUUAUUCGUAACGGGACAACGAAAGUUUCGAAUUGAACGAUCAAAGGAAUACAAGUCUCAAAUCAGAAAUCCUGUAAUACAUGUAAGCCCGUAACUGGGAAUGUACCGGAACGUAUAGCAAGUUUCGUAGAUUUCUUAAUGGAUGUUCUUGCACGUACGAGGAAGAGAAUUCCUCGAAUUACUUGGUGGGGAACGAGUUGGCCGAGGAUACUCCUGCAGUCCAUCCCCGCUAGUACAAUUGUGAACAUGCCAACCGCAAGUGUUCAUUACGUACACGUGUCAUCGGUCAGUUCUUUUUGUACUGAAUAAAACGUAGAAGAGAGCGGGAAGUUUCACGGUGGAUUGCAAGUACGAUUUGUAAUCGAGAUAUGGGAAAAUCAUUGGGAAGAAGAAUGCUUCUGUUGAUCAUUCGAUGUGCUCCGUUGGAAGAUUGAGAUGUAUGAAAGGACUAUGAUGGAAAGGAUGAAGUUGAUCUAUCUGACUCUGGUAUUUUUGAACCCUGUUAGAAAUGUGAGGGGAAACAGUGAGUCGAGUGAAGAGUAUCUACAGAAGGCGAUAUAUCAGCUUCAAGAAUUUAACGUUCCAUCCUCUGUAAACGUUUAUAAUCGACUGCCAUCGAGUCAUGAUCAUGGAAACGCUUAUUACAAUAACGAUCGACAAAAUUAUGGUGUUCAGAGGAUCAACAUGAAUCCGCGAAGAAACAUGCAGAUGUACAAAAAUCACAGUUUACCAUAUUACAAUGUAUCGCCCAACGAGAGGGUCGGUUUACAUCUGAUCGACUUGGAGAAUUCGCCGAAUUAUUACGAGCCGCCUACUGUUACCAGGGUACAAGAACCGGAAGCGCUUGGUUUCGCGAAAGCGGAGUUAGCGGCUAUGUAUAAGAAUGCCUUAGAAAAAGGAUCGCAGAUCAGUUUACCGUCUUUGACAAACGCGCUUGCCUCCGGCGAGGUGCCGCAGGUCACCCAGACUCACGUGCAGUUCCCGGUCAAGCAACCCCUGUAUCAAUAUUACUUCUUCCCGUUAAAAACGUUCAUGUCAGAGUUUAAAAGAGACCACGGAUACAAAACGAUUCCUGCACCUACGUUCGACAAUACGGCAGCCGCACACACCACCCACUCGCAGUUAUCGAGUCCGCUUUUCGUAGCUAUAAGCACGUUCAUCACUACGGCGAUCAUGUUCAUGAUGAGCAUACUCUUCCUGCCGAAGCUCAUUCCGUUCGAUAUACUGCAAGCGCGAAACAUUCAGGACGACUUCUUUUAUCUGUCGAACAUUAUCGCGAAUGCUAUCGAGCGUUCUAGGUUCUUAGAUAAAUUCGUGGACUCUGGUAGGUAGGAUUGAGACAUGUAUAACAAUUAUGUCAAUCCGAUUUGAACCAACGUCGAAACGUGUACAUACUAUCAAUGAUCAAGACAGAACAUAUUUAUAACACGUAUUUAAUUACAUCGUUUCUCAUUAGAUAGACAAAUUUUUUAACAAAAACAACAUUCAGCUGAACAAAACAAUUAUUCUUAUUCGAUAACAUUAUAUAUAUUCUACCUUUAUUCUUAAAAAAGUGUUACGUUUUACAAUUGUCCUCGUUUUUGUACAUAAAUAUCGGUAAAAUUGUACGAUAUUAGAACUAGAGAUAUGCCCGAAAUGAUACGAAGUUAAAGCAUCUACGGAUAUUGUGCAUCUCUUUAACUCUAGUUAUGGUAAAGAAAAUAUGGGACGAGUCAUUUUGUGCGUCAUAUUAUUUUGGGGAAUGUACGCGUACGUAGUGACUACAUUCAACAAUUAUUAUCUAUACCUCUAGCAGGUUAGGUACCUUUUCGAACUUCGCUAUACGUACAUGUAUUUCUAUGCAUUGUAAAAGUAUAGCUGUAUAAAUUUUACGGUCUGUACAGUACGAAGUAUAGAAAGGAAGGCACGUA